AUGGAGAUUCUGAUUGCGAUUGGAGGCCCCGUCCGAGUGAAGUUGCAGCGGCAGCUGAAGAACCGAGCAUACACACAGAAAAUUCUGGCAACGCUUCAGAUUGGAUGCGACGAAAGGGCCAUCCUGACGGAAGAUCUAUCUCUUCAGGAACGCGAGGUGCGCAUCGAAGGGCUUUGGAGAGGAGUCGAAAUCUGGAAAAGCAUCGAACCAGAACGUGGCUCGGUAAUGAGCCAAACAGUUUGCGGGGGCCAGAAGCAAGAGGAGUAUAAGUACCAAGCCAUGGAGGUCGGUGCCUCCAGUGUGUACCAUUAG